AUGCGUAUCAUGGACAAAUUACUUGAAACCAACCACCUGCUCCGAGCUGGGUUGGCACCCUCGAUCGAAGAGUUGAGAAAGACCGUGAUGCAAUCUAUGGAGACACUGAGAGCGGACUUUGAGCAGCAAAGCGAAAUGUUCUUGCUUGCUCAGCAGAAGGAAACCACCGAGAAUCCCCGGCCCAAGGAGCAGAUAAAAUGGCAACAAGAAAUGCGACAACUGGAAGCCCUUCCGCCUGUCGAUAUCACCGCCAUCACGGAGAAGGUGAACACCACAGCCAUUGCCAGUAAUGAAAUAGCUACAAAAUUGUUCAUCCUGCGAAGUCUUCGUUUUGAUGGCAUGGAGUUACGGCGCUCUCAAGUAUCAGAGGCCCACAAGCACACGUACAGCUGGGCUUACAUGUCGGCUUUCUCCGAAUGGAUGGUUUCUGAGGACCCUGUCUUCUGGAUAAGCGGGAAACCCGGUUCGGGAAAAAGCACUCUGAUGAAGUACCUAGUCAACAGCCCUGAUACAUGUGAUCAUCUACGCAAAUGGGCAGGCACAAGGAAGUUAGUCAUCAUUGAUCACUUCUUUUGGAUCAAUGGUUCCAGUCUCCAUCGCUCGCAGGAGGGUCUACUUCGAUCUUUAUUGUUUGACGUCUUCCGGAAAUGUCCUGAACUCAUUGAAACAGCAUUUCCAGAGCAAUGGAAUGAUUCUAUGAAUCUGAGUUACGACUUCGACGAUCUCUCAUUAUCGUGGGAUCGCCAGGAACUGCUAAGCGGUUUACAACAGAUCACCCUACAGACGGCUUCGUCCAAUACGUUCUGUAUCUUUAUCGAUGGUCUUGAUGAAUAUGAGGGCGAGCAUGAGGAUUUGGUCAACAUACUCUCCAAUAUGGCGCAUACAUCCCCGAUCAAGCUCUGCGUCGCAAGUAGACCUUGGAAUAUAUUUGAAAAAGCCCUGGGAAAAAGCUUGACUCGCAAGCUCUACCUGGAGAACCUGAACAAGCCCGACAUCGAGCUCUAUGUGAAGAUCCCACUGCAAGACCGCGCUGAUUUUAGAGCUUUGGCACUCGCUAGUCCAGAUGCCGCAGAACUGGCUUCAGAUAUCGUUCAACGUUCAAAUGGAGUUUUUCUCUGGGUCUAUCUCGUCGUUCUUGCUUAUCCAGUCGACCUCGACAAAUUCUUCAAACAUAUCAUGGACUCCUUGGACCCAAUUUAUCAGGCGCAGAUUGCUCGUGGAUUUUCUGUUGCGCUGGCUGCAAGAGAUCCGCUCUCAGUUGUCAGCUUCUGGUACCUUGAUGAAUUGGAGCAGGAUGCUAGUGUUGCCAUCACCAAGCAUGUUGACAACCUGUCUGAGAAGAGGAAGAGACUUGAGCAUUUCUGGAAAGAAGAGGUCCGCAAGAUGACGGUACGUCUUAAUGGGCGCUUCAAAGGGCUUCUGGAGAUUGUGGUGCCGCACCCGCAAGCUCAAGAUAUAGUGCCUUCGGAACUUACGGUCGAUUUUCUCCAUCGUACGGUGCGAGACUUCCUUGUCACAGAAGACUGUCAAAGAGUGUUAAAAGAAUGGAUACCAUCCGAUUUUGAUGUCCAUUUCGCACUUUGCAAUAUCCAACUCGCUGAGGCAAAAGAGCUACCUCUACAAAUGAAAAAUAUGCCGAGUAUGAUAUGUCCAACGAGUGCUAUAUUUCAUUCUGCGCGUCAAUUCGAGAUAUGUCAUCAAAGGUCGCUCAACCAAGUGCUCGAACAACUUGGCAGUACACUUGAGGUCUAUGGGCGUGGGUUGUCUCCUUGGCUCGGCGAGGAGAUUACGCCUUGGCUCCACAUAGAGGUUAAGAGCUUCGUCGUGUACGCCGUCAUGACCAAUCAGACCCGUUUCAUCUCCAAUCUCUUUUAG